AUGGUCGCAGUCGGCCGCGCGCCGGCGCUGUUGGCGAGCAUGCUAGCCCUUGCGGCCCUCACCCUCCUCCUCCUUACUAGCUACGAGAGCUUCCCCGGAGCUGAGAUGCUUCGGGGUCCUUUCCCAACCCCGUCGCAUGACUCGAAACGCCCAUCUUCGCACCAUCACGCGUGUACGACUUCCCUCGCCCCUCUACGUGACGUCUUCGCUAGCCGGUGGGGCAUACCCCUCCAGACGUCGCUCGUGCGAGCUGGCACAGGCGCGCGCGUCCGUCGCGCGAUGGAACGUCUGUGGAAGGAGCGCAAGAUUACGGUGGGCAUCCUCGGUGGAUCAAUCACCUACGGCCAUGGUCUCCAGCCAGAAGAUAAGCGAUACUCCCAGCUGAUUGAGGAAGGUCUGCGGGUGGCUUUUCCCGACGCCGAGAUUGUUGUCAAGAACGGCGCGGUUCCGGCCACGGGAACAGACUACUUCAGCGCCUGUUACAAGCAUCACGUACCCGAAGACGCCGACUUGUUCAUUCUCGAGGGCGCCGUUAACGACCUCAUGGUCGAGGCAAACACGGAAGGGUCGAUCCACCAGGACGUCAUCACUGAUACCGAGACGCUCGUCCGCGAGCUGCUCAAGGGUGGUGCGGCAGUUAUGAUGCUCUCGACGUGGGGCAUGACGAACGGAUACAUGAACGGUGCGGACCAUCACGCAACUGUUGCCGAGUACUAUGAUGUGCCCCGGAUCUCGACGCGCGCGGCACUGUACCAGUACAUCCAGGCCCACCACGACGCCGCCGCCGAGAUCUUUGUCCCCGGCGACAUGGGACACUACAAUCCGCAUGGGCACCGGUUUAUGGCCGACGCCAUCCUGGACCACCUCCUCGAGCAGGCGUUCGACGGCCACCCGGCCUUUGAGAAGAUCGUAUGGCACAACAAACACUAUUGGGCCGCCGAGGAGAUUGGCGCACGCAUCACCUUCACUGAUGUCGAGGUCCACGGCGGCUUCCUCGGCCUGUACUACUUGCGAAGCGUGUCCAUGGGGUUGGGAAACCUCCGGUGCUGGGUUGACGGGAACGAGGGUGCCUCCAAGCUUCUGGUCGGGCAGUGGGGUUAUGUGAGCGUUGGGAGUGUAGGAGCUGUUGCGACCGGCCUGGCGCCGGGCAAACACAAUGUGACUUGCGAGGUGGACCAGACGACCCAGGCGAUCCCCAAUGAAGAGGCCGAGGGAAGUUUACACAAGACGCGGAUUAUUGCGGUGAUCGCGUCGUAG